CUGAAACUUUUUCAGUCAUUCGAAAGUAUUAAGUCAGCCAAUCCACAAGUCCAAUGGCUAAAAAAGUGAAAAAGACACGUCUGCAAAAAUUAAAGCCAGUUUUUCAGUCAAUUUUCAUCGCAGUUGUUGGAAUUUACGUGGCUUUUUUGAUUUACAAUGUUAAGGACAAGAUCAAGUUUAACUUUGAGCCACAAUCUGCUGAAUUAAAGACAUCAGUUAAGGAUGAACAAAUGGAUAACGCAACAGCAGUCAAUUGCACUGUCGAUAAGCCAAAGAAACCGAAAUAUUGGUUCUAUAUGGCACGUCAGUACAUGUGGAUAUUUUUCUCAGUCGACAAUGUUUUACGUCGACUUGGACUUGAGAAGAUUAAUGUGGAAAUUAAGCAUGGUGAGCCUGUGACACUUGACUGGGACCUGCUGUGGAGCUAUGACUAUCAUAAUGAAAUUCCAUUGGACUUUAAGAAUAUCAAAUAUCAUCAAAGAAUCAAUCACAUUCCUGGAAAUUAUGUUCUUACUAUGAAGGAUCAUCUAGCAGUCAAUACAGACUCAAAGUAUAUCCCAAAAGCAUUCAAUGAUACUGAAAAAUUAAAGGAGUAUGCAGCACAAAAUCCAGGAAAGAGAUUUGUUCAAAAAUUGUGGAGCAAUCGAGGAAUUUCACUAAGAAAAGUUGAGGAAAUGAAUUUUAAAGUUUUUGGACCUGGAUAUAAAUAUUUUGGACAGGAAUAUAUCGAAGAUCCACUGUUGAUUUCUGGAAGGAAAUUUGAUUUUGGUGUAUACGUCCUUAUAUCCUCAGUCAGUCCAUUGAGGAUCUACAUUUAUGAGAAAAAUGUUCUAAUUCGACUCUGUGCUGAAGAUUAUGACAAGAACAACUACACAAAUGUAAAUACUUAUGUCAUUUCUGAUGCUUGUGCAUUUCCAUGGGAAAUUGAUGAACUUUCAGUCUAUUACAAUCAAUCUUAUAGCUACAAAGAGUCAUUGAAUGCUUACUUGACUAAAAAUGGAUAUGAUGUCAGUAGGAUUUGGACACAAGUUGAGGAUUGUGUGCGGGAGAUUGUGGUGCCAAAGGAGGCAACCUUUAAGUAUUGGAUGCAUCGUUAUGCCUUCAAACACACAUUCUUUGAGCUGUAUCGCUUUGACUUUAUCCUCAACAACAACUUAGACUUGUUCCUUAUUGAAGUCAAUCAAAGUCCGAAUGUAAAUCCAUCAGCAUUGCUGUCUAGGGAUCAACGGUUGUUUGAGAAUCUUUUGUUCAAUGUGUUUACAUUGAUUGGUGUUGGACAUUACAUGCCGAAAGAGGAUUUUAGAUUUGGGAAUGUUGAAGUCGAAGCGAUGAUUGCACAUGAAGAAAGUUGGACAGUCCUUCCAGAAACCUGCAUUAACAGACCAUGCAACGAGUCAUGUAACGCCAAUGAAAUUUGCAAGCUAUGCCUUAGGUGUAUGGACAACAAUAAAAAGCACGAACUUCAUUUGGCUUAUCGUGAAGCUAAAAAUCGUGGCGCAAUGAAACGAGUUUUUCCAGCACCGGCGAAAGAAAUUGCAAAAAUGGACGAAGGCUAUUUGAACACAUUGAAUGUUGAGAAUAAAUGGCUCACAAGAUGGUAUGUUGAGAUGUGUAAAAAGGAUGCUGACUUCUGUUAGAGCUGAUGUUUAAGCCCAUAGCUAAAGAAUAAUAAGUUUAGUACAGGAGGUUUUUGAACAAAUAAUUAUUCAAAUCGAAGACCCCCCUGGACUGUAUUGAAUAAAUUUAUUUAAUAAACUCCUUUGAAUUUUUUUUAUGUAAACUUGCAUAUGAUGGAUAAUAUUACUUUUUGGUUUAAUAGCUGCUCCACUCAAGUCACAUUGGAACAAAGCUUGGAUAUGAACAUAGCUAAUGUGAUGAAGUGAAGCAUUUUUACUCCUUAAAUUUUGACUCAAUUUUGAUGCUUGGCUCAGGUUCUAUUUUGUCAUUUUCUUUUAUUGUUGCAGCAUCUUGUUGACUGUGAUUCUUGCGUGUUGCUUGAUUGAAUGAUGAAUAUGCAUUGUGAUCAUGGAAGUAGUUUUGAAGAACUACUUGAUUGGUGUCCAUCUUUAUUUUUGAUUUUGUGCUAUUUUGGUAUCGCAAAAUGUUUAAUAUUUGAUUCGAAAAUAUCUCGAAUUUUAGUUUUUUCUUCUUCAACGAAGUAUUUCGAA